AUGGACGUUGUCGCGGCCGUCUCGGGCUACAUCUCCAAGAUGGUGACGGCCGGCGAGUCGGCUUCAGGAUCAUCGUCGACAAAGAUGAAGAUCUUGCUCUUGGAUAGUGAGACAGUCUCCAUUGUCUCGACCGCCAUCACUCAGUCCGCGCUCCUGAACCACGAGGUCUACCUCAUUGACCGCCUGGACAACACCGCGCGAGAGAAGAUGCGUCACUUGCGAUGCUUGUGCUUUGUGCGACCUUCCUCGAAUUCGUUACAAUUGCUGAUCGACGAGCUCCGCGAUCCCAAAUACGGCGAAUAUUUCAUCUAUUUCAGUAACAUAAUCCGCAAGUCCUCGCUCGAGCGCCUAGCCGAGGCAGACAGCCACGAAGUCGUACAAUGCGUGCAGGAACAAUUCGCUGAUUUUUGGGUCAUCAACCCGGAUCUAUCCAACUUGAAUCUGGGCUUCCCGCUUUCGCGGCUCUGGAGCCACACGCCGGACCUCUGGAACCCCGACUCGCUGCAGCGGGCCACGGGAGGAACCCUGGCCCUGUUGCUUGCGUUGAAGAAGAACCCCUUGAUCCGCUACGAGAAGAAUAGCCUGCUAGCCAGAAAACUGGCGACGGAAGUCAGAUAUCAUAUCACCCAGGAGGAACAGCUCUUUAACUUCCGUCGGACGGAUACGCCGCCGAUCCUGCUCAUUUUGGAUCGGCGCGACGAUCCCAUCACCCCGUUGCUUUCACAAUGGACCUACCAAGCUAUGGUUCACGAGCUCCUCGGAAUUCACAAUGGGAGAGUCAAUCUGCGUGAUGUCCCUGAUAUCCGGCCUGAGCUACAAGAAAUUGUCCUUGCGCAGGAUCAAGAUCCCUUCUUCAAGAAGAACAUGUACCAGAACUUUGGUGAUCUGGGUCAAAACAUCAAAGAAUACGUGGAGCAAUACCAGGCCAAGACGCAGAGUAACAUGAACAUCGACUCAAUCGCUGAUAUGAAACGGUUUGUAGAGGACUACCCUGAAUUUCGCAAGCUGUCGGGUAAUGUCAGCAAGCAUGUUACUCUGGUGGGUGAGCUGAGUCGACGGGUUGGAGAAGAUAAUCUGCUGGACGUCAGCGAAUUGGAGCAAAGCUUGGCCUGUAAUGACAACCACUCCAAUGAUCUUAAGUCUCUUCAACGCAUCAUCUCAUUGCCGAAUGUUCCAGCCGACUGCAAAGUGCGCCUCGUUGCCCUCUACGGUCUUCGUUACGAAAGCAUGUCGAAUAACUCUCUUCCGGUAUUAUUGGAUCUGCUCGUCACUGCGGGCGAUGUUCCCUCCCAUCGUGUUAACAUAAUCCCCAAGCUUCUCGCCUACCAUCACUCUCUCCAAGCCCCGCCAGUAGCUGGGGGUUUCACUGAUCUAUUUGAGUCAACAUCCUUCUUCUCCGGUGCCAGGGAUCGCUUCAAGGGUCUCAAGGGCGUUGAGAAUGUGUACACGCAACACUCACCCAGACUCGAGAUGACCCUCCAGAAUCUCAUCAAGGGCCGAUUGAAAGAGCUACAGUAUCCGUUCCUGGAAGGCAGCGGACACACACGGGAUAAACCUCAAGACAUCAUCAUCUUCAUGGUUGGAGGUACGACCUACGAGGAGGCGAAGAUGGUUGCCCAAGUCAAUGCCAGCUCUCCUGGUGUGCGUGUCGUUCUGAGUGGCACAUCUGUCCACAACAGUACUACAUUCCUUGAAGAAGUUGACGACGCUGUAAGCAGCUGGCCAGAGCCAGGUCCUACGACGGCUGCUGGACGGCUGCGGAGGGAAGUCGGGCGGUAG